AAGGCGAAGCGGAAAAUUCCCACCACAGCCCACGCCGAAUAACAAGACGAAGAACCUUCUUCCACCUCUCUCCGUCUCCACUCGGCCUAGUGGACAAGAGCCACGAAACCUGCGUGGGUUCAUGGCGUGCAGCUUCUCCCCUUCCUCCGCCACGAGGCUCCAGGCGGUGGACGCGGCGGCCGUGAAGAACGCGAGGGUGCCCCUCAAGGCGUCGGUCUCGGCCGCGCCGAGAUCGCUGGGCAGCUGCAGGGCCGCCCGUCAGGAAUUCGAGGGCGCGACACAGCAGGAUCCAAGCGUCUCAGUUUCUUCGGCACGCACCCAGUUGGAUCUCCUGGAGCAACUGACGUCCUCCUCCACAUCUGAUGAGAAUGACACCGCUACGGAAACCCGUGUCCGCACUACCAUCCGUGAGCAGCUGGUAGCGCUCUACGGUGACAGGGGAGGCGAAUUCACAUUCACCCUCCCGUUGGGCAAGAGGCUCAGGGAAGGCCUCAAGACCCUCAACGCCCUCACCGUCUCGCAGAGGAGGAACAUCAAGAGGCAGGCCAUGCUCACCAAGGUCAGCGGGAGGAACGACUCGGUGUUCUUCGCGACCGUCGGCGCUUUUGUCCUCGUGCCGCCUAUCGCCAUUUUAGCUAUCGCUGUCCUAACUGGUUAUGUCCAGCUCUUGCCAUGAAUCAAUAAGUCUUUAGUGACUAUCUUUGGACUUUUCCAUACACAUGAAGGCUUUGGCUCUGCCAGAGGAUUGUAUGUGUGUGUAUAUAUAUAGUUAGAAUUUGUGUAUGGAGCACAACAUGUAGGUUUUUAUCUGUUUAAGCAACAGAUAUGGCAUAAGUAUGCUUUAUUCA